CGGGACGCUUGACGACGCCGUGAGCCGUCUUCUCGCCGUCGUCUGUCACUCGAGUCGCGAAAACACCUAACAGUCCGUUUCUCCUAUCAAAUUAAUGUAGGGAGCUUGGAAAUAUAGCGUCGACGUAAAGAUCCGCCGAUCACUUCACACCUCGAAGAAGCCGUAAAGCGACAAGCGCCGAUAUCGCAGCAGCAACAUGAGAACCGAACAAUCGAAGUCAAGCCGGGGCCAGCCUGCGAAGCAUUGAUAGUAGCGAAGCUGCGAAGGGGAGACUGAGAGAUAGCUGCAUCUGAAGCCGGCUGCGAAAUGCUGCCGACGCCGCCGUUGCUGCUUGCAUUGUUUUCUUGCUGCCGACCAUCGGAAUAAUAGUCAGCACACGCCAGCACGGAGAUGGCAGAUAGGGACCCAUUCGACGACGAGCUAGUCUCGUCGAACACGACCCAGCGCAACUGGCGCGGCAUUCUGAUAGCGGUUCUGGUGAUAGUGGCCGUUCUUGCACUGAUCGUGACCUCCGUGGUACUGCUGACACCUCCAGACGACGGGCCAAGGGUCAAGGGCGAACGAUUCCGGCUCAAGGACAUCCUGGGUCACGAGCUGCAGCCUGCCAGAUUCAACGGCACCUGGAUAUCAGAUGACGAGAUCAUCUACAGGGACCGAUGGGGCGGCAUCAGUAUAAUGCAUGCUUCCAAUUUAUCAGUCAGAACAAUCAUGUCCAAUCAGACUUAUUUACGGUUAAACCCAGCAAGGUAUCAACUGUCACCAGACCAACGGUACUUGCUGCUAGCUCAAAAUGUACAAAAACUCUUCAGACAUUCCUACCUAGCGCAAUAUUCGAUAUACGACAUUCAUACGGGGUAAGUACGAUUU